GAUUGGGUGUUGGGUGGGAGAGAGGGAGGGGACAUGCCACUGCUUUUCUGAACCCAGGCCUUUUAUUCGCGGGGUCGGUAGCCCUGGGAAGAAAAGGAGUCGGGCUGUUGGCGUGAAAGUAUUUGCUCUCUAAACUUCGGAGAGUCGAGACCAGGAGGAAAAGUCGCCGGCUACUAGGGACUGUCGGACACCGAGGGGGAAUCGGGACUGUAUCUACAUCAUUUUAACAGCGUCCUUUCUGUACCUCACUCUAGCCAUGGGUUCUGGUGCCAACGCUGUUAUCACUUUGGGAUUUACCAUCGUUUGUCUUCAUUGUGGGCUAGCUUCAGAUACCUCGCUGCGACCUGUUACUAACGUCACGUGGACAUCGUUCAAUUUCCGCACGACACUACAAUGGGAGACGACUUCGAAAGAUUCGGUGUACUCUGUGAGAAUCCAUGGCAUCCAAACUGACUGGAAGAGAAAACCUGAAUGUACCCGGAUCAAAACUACAAGCUGUGACCUGACCAGUCUGAUGCAGAAUGUAACAGACAAGUAUGUUGCUGAGGUGUCAACUCACAGCGCAACACCCAGAGAUGAAGUCGAGGAGCCGCCUUUUGCCAAAUCUCCUUCAAUCCAGCUCUUAAGUCAAACUAUCAUUGGAGGAACAAAGUUUAAACUUAUUGAAAAGAGUAAAACUGAAGUUCAGGUGCUCAUAGAAGAUACAGUUACCAGCAUCAAGUUUUCAAAUAACACUCCAAAAACACUGCAUGAUAUCUUUGGAGCUAGCCUCAAGUACAAAGUGACUUCCUGGAAAGACGGCACAAGUGGCAAGAAAACUGAAAUCAUAAAUAGCUCAAAGGCACUAAUCAAGGUCGAUGAGGGAUUCAGUUACUGCUUCUCUAUUCAAAUCUGGAUUUCACCACCAUCUAAGUAUGGCUUAAAAAGUCAACACAUUUGCACAAACGUUCAAAACACAGAAUAUGGCAUCGGCUUCUAUGCUUUAAUAACAAUAAUAGCACUAGUGGUCUUCAGCAUCAUUAUUGGAGUGACGGUGUGUUUGUGCAGACGCAAGAGUGUUCACAGCAGCACUGAGACAAACCCUCUGAAGGCAGUUUCUGUGUAAUUUGGGAGAAAUGUGUUUUGAGCAAUCAGCCCUGCCCCCAAUUGUGGGUUUGGCUUUCUGUAAAACCUGUUCACUGACGAUAGGAAGUGAAUGAUUCCUGAGCACCUAUACCUCCAUCGCCAUGACUGAUCGAUCAUUCACAAGUGAAAAAUUUUGUUUCUGUGAAACAGUUGGACUUAUCCAUAUUUCACGCAAGUGAGGAACUUUUUUUAAUCUGAGGCACUAAUUGCAAAAACCCCUCAUUGAUUGAUUGAUAAUAUAUUUUUUUCAUGUUGUUGGUUUCUAAGGGUUCUAAAUUGCUGUGAAAGCCUGAAGGUUAUAAAUGUAUUCUAUUUAUUUAAUGACUAAGUCUUAACUAUUCUUUUCGUUGUGCACCUUAAGGAAUCUUUUGUAUAUUGGGUGUUUCUUUGUUUUUCUUGAUUGAUUGUUUAUCAAAGGGGAAUAUAUCUUUUUUCAAUAAAUAUUUUUUAACUAUUUUAAUGAAAAUAAAUUGACGGUACUUACAAAUGACGGUGAAUGGGAACAAAUAAAAUGUUAUGGGUUUUUUUUAA